AAUGAUUCAAUUAAACAAACGCAUCGCAUUAUUAUUGCCCUUCCGCAGUGAAAAUAAUUGGCGUUUAAGGUAACCCGCUUCAUAUAAUAUCGAUAAUUCGCUUGCAGUGGUUAGUGAGUAGAGGCUGUAAUACAUACCAGGCGGACAACCACAAAACUCGCCAAAAAAGUUUGAGUGUUAAACCUUAAAAAUUCUAACCUAAAAAUCACAAAAUCUCAUUGGCGAACGAACAGAUUUUAAACCACCACCACACUACUUCAUGCAAAAGACAAGGGUAGCCAAUACGACAUAGGAAGCUGCAAAACAAAUUUUCAGUUAAAGAACCUAGACUUUCAUUUGCCUCAACUGCUACAAGUUCCUAAUUUUUGUUGCUUGAUUUUGAGCUUUAAGCCGAUUUCUUACGGCAUAUGAGUUUAUGAUAAACUCGGAAGUAUGCAAUUGCCUUUCGAUGUGUGAGACAUAUCAGAAAACAAUUUUUAAUUGAAAAGUAGAAUCGGAGCUCGGACACUAAGCACUACCUAGCCAAUAUUUGUCAGACUAGUUUUGUGAUUGAUACUAUAUAUUGAUAUAUAUUAUUUGGUCCGUUCGAAUUUGGACGCAAAUAAUAUCAAAUUCUAAAAUACUAUUUGUUUUUGUCUUAUAAUUUCAUCUUGUUUAGUGAACUAAAAAAUCAUAGCUCAGCAUUUUUUGAUAGCAUCCAACAAAGAUUUAUAGAUAAUUUUAAAAACAAUUUCCUUAAACUUCCAUACUCGCUGGAUUUUUUAUUCAAGCAGCUGCCGAAGUAACAGUACGCGGCCGAAUGUAAGUCCAAGUCCGUGUUUAAAGUAUCCCCGUACACAACAGUCGAGUCUAACUGACAGGAAUAGACGCCAAAUGUUUGUCUAGCGAACUGAAGCUGUUAAAGUCGAAAUUCGCUGAAGGCCAUCAAAACCGAUAUUUAUAUAUGUGUUGGAUUUAGCUUGAUUGUAUUGGCUCAGGAGCCUAUUUUGAAGGCGAUAAUAAAGAUUUAUAUAAUAUUAAAAUAAGUACGUAAAAAUGUUGGCUCUUUUUGUCGACUUACAACCAACAAACAUUUCGCAGUCAUAAAAUAAUACACAUACAUACACCCACACACAAUUUACAUAAAUGCAGUAUAAUAAUAAACUUGUGUAUAAACAAAAGUGAAUUUUAUCAAUCUGUGAGGUUAUCACUGCUCUUUGAGUCAUUAACGCGCACAUCAGUCCGUUGCUGGAGAGCGAGUAAAGCAUACAAAACAGUUGAGAUUUAACAGCGUAGUGAGAUGCGUGCACAAAGUGAAAUGCAAGUGCUUUGAAAACGAAAUUUUUCUCAAAAAAAAAAAAAACAAGAAACAAAAGUAUUUAAUUUUGUACAAAUAACCGUAAGACAAAGUAAGUUAAAGGAGUUGUAAAAAUAAAAACCAAAUUUACAACAACGGCAUUGCUAUCGUUCGUGGACGCAGCGCCGCAUCCACAGCGAUGUUUCCUUUGCCCAGUGUCCGUUGUAACUCUGAGGACUCACUCAUCAGCUGGUCCAAUCGAAAUGCUGUGGCUCAGCGCAGCAAGAGCGUGCCGCGUAUGUACGGUUGUGUGGACACCUUAGCGGCGAGCACCAGUGCAUCAUCUCAAAUCAGUAAUCCGCUCAACAACUUUGGUGCCAACACGCAUUGUCCGCAUAGUAUUGCAUGUGCAGUGGCUGGCGGCAUAGCGGGCAGAGGAGAGAAUGAUGUUUUAUCAGCAGUGAAUGUGCGGCAGCAUUUAAGACAAAAUAGUGAUAGCAAUGCGGGUAACAACCAUGGCAGUCAUAUUCCAUACCGUCAUCAUAUGCAUCAGCAGCAUGUGGGCUCACCGAACCGUUAUAGCUACAGUGGUGGCGCUGUUGGUACGGGUGUUGGGAGUAGCUCUGGCGCUCUUUUGCGUUUAUCAACAAAUCGGCUAGAUCCAUUCUCAGCACCAACAACAACUGUGGGUUCGUCGCUGCUCGGCGAUAGCAUGACUGAGAUUGUUGUAGAAGACUUGCGGCACUCACAUGAGCCAACUUCUGAGUUGCUCGACUAUUGCAAACGCAAGUUUCUGCGUCCUUUUAUUUUAGUCCUAUCACUUGUCGGUGUAAAUCCUAUACCAACAGAUACGUCCAAAGUACUUUGCUGCUUAAACUAUACACAGGCGCUGGUGGUGUUGCUGAUACUAUCCUUUGGAUAUUUUCUACAAUAUUUAUGUUCAUAUCGUGGCGAUCGCGGUUUUAUUGCGCACGAUCAAGACCUCACAAACGAUCCCAGCUCCAAUGCCACCUAUACCGUUGGUCAACUGUUGUUCGGUCAUAUUUUCCCAAAUGCGCUAAAUCUAUCUAGUUUUAUAUCGGCUGUAAUUGUUUUCAAAAUAAUCGAUCAAGAGCAAUUGCAGAAUCUAAUCGAACGUGUGUUUCUCACUAGCUUGGAACCACGCCGUUUAUGUAAACUACUAUGGUCAUAUUUGUUAUGUGGAUUGGUGUUGUUGGCCUUCCUCUUUGCGUACACAAUUCCUUCGGUGCUUUUGCAGUCGCGCAUCAUACAAGUGAAAUGGUUUACUGGCAUACUGGCGGACUGGGAGCUGGCGACUAAGGUUGUCUUGAUCAUCACGCUUUUUGUGCAGGACUUAGUGGAAGUGAUAAUUCUCGCCAACUACUGCAUUCAAUGUUAUUUGCUACGUAUACAUAUUUCCUCGCUGUCGCAUAAACUUUUAAUGCAUUCCAUUGAGACCACCGAUUGGAUGCGGGAGGUCCUAGAAUUUCACAAGUUAUUGGAGCAUCUCAACCGCCAUGCUGCUGUGCCGGUGUGCUUUUUAACCGUUAUGAAUUUAGCAUAUGCAUUUGCUGGUCUAAUAUAUAUUUUCAACGAUUUGGAUUUUCAUUAUUCUGCUUUGGAAAUAGUCCUUUUGAAUAUUUUCAACGUACUACUUUGGCUUCUACUGGGCGUCAUACCAUUUGUGUUGGCCGCUUCUGUAACGCAUGCGUGCCAAAAGGCACAGGCUAACGGUCAUCAUAUUCGUGCACGUCCUUUUGUGUAUCACAGCACGUCGACGGAUGAUUUGAACUCUACACUGUUGUUUUCAUCGUCUUUACAAAUGUCAGCAAAAAUUUUUAAAAUGCCAAUACAACCGAAUUAUCUUUGUUGUGCGCUAUUGUCUAUAUCGAUACUGGUUCUAACUCUGGGUAUGUGCCUUAACCCCUCAAUUAUAGGUAUUUUUUAAAAUUAUGUAUGUAUAUAUAUCUUAUUUCAAAUAUGGCAAAUAAAUUAUUGCGCUUAUGGUAUUGUGAAA